ACACCAUCGCCAUAACGCUCAUGGCCGUUACACUUGCUAUUCGGAGUGCCAACCAUGCGGCCUUCGCCGUACCCUCCUUGAGGAAGCCGUAUGAACCACUGGCCUCGAUGAAGAGCAAAUGGUUCAACAUCAGAAUCUUUGCGAUCGAGAUGCUCCAUCUUGUAGCUUCCGUCGUUGUAUUUCUCUUGAACAUCGACAAGCCGGUUGUCUUGCUUCUCGGCACAGGCUGGAACUUUGCGGGAGAA